AUGGCGCAAUCCCAGCAGAUCAAGCAAAACUUCCUCAACCACCCCUACGUCCAGCAGGCCAACAAGGUCGUCUCGGGCCAGGUCAGCUCUUUGGAUGCUGAGCUCAACAAAUACCCCGUCCUCCGUGACCUCGAGACCCGCACCAAGGUGCCCAAGGCAUAUGGUGUCCUCGGUCUCGCCGCCUCCUCGGUCGUCUUGAUCUUCUUCAACAUGUUCGGCCUCGCCGCUCCCAUCUCCAACCUCAUCGGCUGGGCUCUCCCCGCUUACCUCUCCGUCCAGGCCAUCGAAUCCCCCAGCCAGAACGACGACAAGCAGUGGCUUACAUACUGGGUCGUCUUCGGUCUCCUCAACCUUGCCGAGUCUUUCGCCAUCCGCCCCAUUCUCUACUGGGUCCCCAUGUACUUUGUCUUCAAGACACUCGCUAUCAUCUGGCUCAUGCUCCCCGCUACCCGCGGUGCCGAGGUCCUCUACAUCAACGUCGUCCGCCCUGCUCUUGGCAACGUCAAGGCCCGUGCCCAGCGUGAAACCGGCUCUACCAACCCCUUCCAGAAGGACUCUGGAUCCAGCUUCAACCCUGCCGGCACCACCGCCACCAGCAGCUUCGAGCACGACAAGACCUUGUAA